CGUUCCGCUGGCAGCGACAACUAUUACGGCAUUCUAAGAGGUUCCCUUUACAAGAAAUCCCCGACAUUGGAUUCUCUAUCAUCAUGCGUCUUUUGGUAUUCAGUCUGUUUCUUCUGGCAAUUUGUCUUGCGACCCGAGCAGAUGUCUCUCAGUUGGUGAGAUCUGGAAAUGGAUUUGUGUACGACGUGCCCAAGGUCACGGAACUGGAACUGGAGGUCAGCAACGAGUUUCCCACCGGCGAGGAGUUCCCCCAGGACGCCAUCCCGGUGGCUCCUUCCGAUGCGGAAUUGGGGCUGGCCGAAGAGCCCGAGGAACCAGUGAUAACCGCCGAAUCCAACAGUGCUCCCUCGAAGAAAAUCCACGGCUACAAGUACCAGGUGCCCAGUCGGCGCUUCAAGAGCUAAA